UCAGCAGGGAGCUGGUGUGCAGAACCAGUCCUCAUCUCACUCACGUCUCUCUUUUUCUCUAGGCUUGGAAGAAAAAACACUUCUAUCAAAAAAAGAAAAAAUGAAGCUGAGGAAAGAAAGAUGGCUGCAAAAAAUAGAAAGUGUGAAGCUAGCCAAGCAGAAGCAAAAAGCUGAAGCAAAGCGAAAGGCAACACCUGUUGUGGGAGACAUGCAGCCACUGAUGGAAGCCCUGCCUGAGCUCUCUGAUCUGAAGGCAGUUAUCAAGGGCAAGAAGGAAUCCCAGAGGCAUGUAAAAGCUAAGGCAGAACCAGCAGACUUCUGUAUGAUGAAACAAGCUCAGAAACACAGGCUCUUAGAACAGGAAGUGGCCCAGUUUCAUGAGGUCAUUGCAGAUCCCAGGUACAAAGCCAACCCUCUCUUGGUGGUCAGUGAGCAUCUCUCCAAGCGGCUAAGGCAGGAAGAAGGCAAACCCCUCUAGGGCAUCGGCUGGGACCAGGUGUGCGUGAUGAAGCUGGUGCAUGGGCUCCAGGCCACAAACAAGCACAUUGUGAAUCUGACCUCUCAGCCACUUCAGUCCUUGGAAAAAGUCCAGCAUAUUAUUCAGCCCAACAGUCCUGUUUUCUGUCUACAGGAAUAACGCAGUUCCCUCCUGACGGUGGUGGCUGCUCCUUGCCAAACAGCUCACAGAGAGCAGUGUGUUCUGUGAGAUCUUUGCUCACACACCAACCUUCCUGUGAAGAGUCUUGACACCUUUUCUCAUUUUGUGGCACAGUUCCUUGAAUUGUGCCAGUCGAUGUUUUUGUUCCCCCCCUCCAAUGCUUGCUGACUACUAUGAAAAGAAGUUCUGUUGUGAAUGUUGCUGACCCUAAGCCCUGGAGCCCAGAAAGCUGUUGUAGAUCUGUUAAGGACUGAUGCUGCUGUUCAGAGCCAUUGUUUUGUGUGAGUAGUUUAGCUUUGAAAUAAACACACUUUUGUACAGUA